AUGCCAAAAUUAAAAUGUCUUUAUUUAUAGAGAAAUAAUUAUAUACGAUCAAUUUAAAUUUAUAGAAAAGUAUUUAUAGCUAGCUUAUUUUAGUAUUAUCUUGCCAAUUUACCAGAAUUAACAUAUUUAGAAACUUAACCUGUAUUUCCUAAUGAACUUAGAAUAGUGGAUGCAUGGGGAAAAUUGGGUAAAGAAGGAGAAUAAAUAGAAAGAUAAAGUAUAUAAUAAUAUGAAUUAUAUAGAAAUAAAAGAUGAAGAAGAUACUAAGAAGUAAGAAUACCGCGAAGAGAUAAAAAAAUAAUUACCUAUUUAUUUGUAAAGCAAAAUUAAAUUUUUCCAAAAAAAUAUCAACGCUAUAGAAACUGAAAUAUAAGAGAUGUAAGCUAGAAAAUAAAAUCAUAUUGUACAAAAUAGUCAAGAAAUUGAAAUUACUUUUUUAGAUGAUUCUACUAAUUAGAAAUAAUCUCAACUUAAUGAAAUGAAUGAAUUACUUGAUAAUAUGAAAGUAAGAUAAAUACGAUAAAAUUCUAUGACAGAAUCACAAUUAAUUGAAUAAAGAGGAGAUUAAUAGGAAAAAAUUCAAAUUAAACUAGAUGAAAUAGAUUGA